AUGGCAGCCACCCGCGUGCCCUCUAUAGCGUGCAUCGGCAUCAUAGGCAAGAACAACAACCCGCUCCAUGUCUCGCUCUUCCCGCCAGAUGCUCGCGCCCCCUUGGAGUUCUCCUUCCUGCUCUCCUCUUCGCUCGACAUCUUCGAGGCUCGCAUGCCGCACAAGACGGCCGACCAGGACUUUGGCCUGCUGCAGGCUGUCGACGAGCGCCUCGCUAUGUACGGCUGGAUGACCAACACCGGCGUCAAGUUCGUCAUCGUUGUCGACAUGGAGGGCCGCCCAGCCACCGCAACCGACGCGAAGAGCACCUCCGCCAUCGGCUUGAGAGAUGCCGACAUGAAGCCUGCUUUCAAAGCCCUGCAAUCUGCUUACAUAGGGCUGCUGAGAAACCCCUUUUACGAUCCCGACCAGCACUCUCCUCUGACUGCCAAUGCAGAGCAGUCUGUCGGCUCUACUCAGAUCACGAGUCGGCGCUUCAUCAAUGAGGUGAAGAGGAUAGGGGAAACGUGGACGCCCGGUAUCGGAACCAUGUGA